GGCAGUGAAAACUAAAAGAGUUUGUUUGACAUUGACACAUACUCGUGCUCUUUCACCUGUUAUUUCUUCUACUCCUCGUUUGUUGUCGACGCCUGCAUAUUCGCAUCCGUCUCCUCGCAACUCUUUUCAGUUAAGUAUAAAUAUGGUAAAUAUUGAAUCAACGAUAUCAAAUGUUCAGCGGCUACUACAAUCACAAACUUCGACCGAAGAACAACAAACUGGAUUAUCAUUACAGAAUGAAAGUACCACCACAAUUGUUAAUAGUAAUCCAGAUCCAAUAGCAUCAGCACCAACAAUCGUCACACUUCCGCCCGAAAUCUUUAUCAUAAUUUGCUCAAACCUCGCAGCUAUGGAUUUAUUGAGUCUUUCAAAAGUCUGUCGACUAUUUAACUCUUAUUUGUGUGCUAGUGAAUCCACGAGUACCCAGCAAAUUUGGCGCUCUGCCAGAUUACAGAUUUGGUCGUGGGCCGAGCAUCCAGCACCUGACAUUGUUGACGAAAAAAGAUUUUUGGAAAUGUUGUUGGAGCGUCGAUGUGAAUGGUGUGGCGAGUUACAUGCGUAUCAGUAUGAUCGGUUGGUGAAGGAAUUGCAGAAGCAAAGGAAAGAAAUUAUUAUCUUGGAUGAUAAAAGUGAAAGUGAUGACGAAAAAGUUGAUGGAAACCAGGAUGAAGAUAUUUGA